AUGUUUGACCCAACGACUCCAUGCUCAUCGACGCUGACAAUGCGCUUGCGGCCAUUCUCGGCUUAUUCCAAUCUGUGCAAUGUUGAAGAGAAUGAGGACGACAUUCUCGAGUCACAACUUAUCGAUUGGCAAAUUCAUUCUGACGAUGAUCACUGCGAACUGGAGGUGGAAAUCCACCGAGAAACAUCACAACCAGGUGGCUUAGCAUUUCGAAUUAUCGGCAGUCGAACUAGUGGGAUCUUCGUGUCAUAUGUGGACGGGAAAUCACAACAGGCUCGACUUCUGCAGGAAGGUGAUCUCAUCAAGGAAUGCAAUGGGAAGAAUAUGUCGGGAAUCACAUGUGAACAGGCGGCAUCAGUUCUUCGAUUCUCAUUGUUGCACAAUGGUACGCUUUGUCUGCGGAUCGUUCGAAAAGGCUCUGGACCACUUCUUAUGGCCAAGCGACGUACACUCGCUCAAAUAUCGCAAGAACAAGAGAGGCAAGAUCGUCUGGCUGCUUCUCGACAUGAGCUCUACCGAGCUUCUCAGUCCAGAAUGCGCCAAUCCACUUCCUGUCCGGAAUAUCGUCCUGCUAGUUAUUUGCCCGUCAAAGUGACCGUGUUCAACACGAAACUUCUGCGGAAGGUUGCCUUGGUUGACGAGGAAAUCGAACUACUGAUGGAGAACGAAGAGCAACCCGUUACGGAGCCAACAAUGUAA